AUGCUGUACAAGACGAACUUGUGUAAAUUUUAUUUGAAGGGCACUUGUAAGCGGGGCCACAAGUGUUCCUGGGCACACGGGGAGAAGGACAUUCGCCCGUUCCCGGCCUUCUUCAAAACGCGCAUGUGCUACAACUGGAUCUACUUUGGUACGUGUGACCGGCAGCCGUGUACGUACGCCCACUCGCAUCUCGAACUUCGGGGGUCGGGCAAAGCCCUUCGGUUGUGCAACUACUAUUUCCGGGAUGCCCACUGCCCCAAGGGCGCCAGAUGCCCGAUGGCCCACGAUGUGAGCCAACUGGAUCCAGCCAUCAAAAACCUUCCACCGCUCCUCAAUGAGUGGUCAGAGACGAGCCCACAGCCUCCCGCACGAGGCGGCCCUUUGGAUGGCAGUGGCGCCUCUCAGCAGCCGCCACACAAGGUGUGCUCUUCUUCAGGUCCUAGGCAGCCAUCAAACUUCUCGGUCUCCUCCCAACACCCCAACCAGCAGCCUCAGCUAAGUCCCGCAGACCUCCCUCGUCACCCUUUCCCGGGGUCUGUCUCUGCCACCUCACAUCGCGGGCUCCCUCUCUAUCCUCAAGGGACGUCUGUACCGGGGCCGCAUGCAGAAAGCCUGGCCUCGUCGCACAGCCUGUCCUCACCUCACAACAGCACACUCCAGCUGACCCAGGGCCUCUCCGCAGAUGACCGCAUUCCCCUUCCUCACCUCUCGCAAGGCGCCGUGCCGGCGGGCUCUCCACGGUUUUGCACACCUGGAGGCAUGAGUGCCGAUGCUGCUCACGACCCGCAACUCGCAAGCAAGGAAGAGGCCUCUCCUUUCUCUUGUCCCAGGGUAGAGGCUGUUCCCCGAGACGGGGCUGCGCCUCCGCUUUACGCUUUCGGCGGGAACAGCGAAGGGUCAACGCCUGCGAGUGGAGUCAUUCGUCCCUCGCCCAGGGGUGUGGAGAGCUACGGUCGACAUAGACUCGGAGGCGGAUCUCUUGUCGAACGCGCCUCGCCGCCGCCUCAGCCGCCACUGACGCAGAACACAUGCGGGCCCCAUGAGUCUCUCAAUGCGCCCGACCUUUCGGUAGGCCGUCCUCGACAUCUUCCGGGCACCAGAACGCCUUCGUCGCUGCCGACGAACCCACAGAACGACAGUUUUCCACCUACCUUGGACAAAGUGCUUCGCGAUCAAAAGACGACCGGCGACUCUCUGCUCUCUGACACCUGGCUGUGGUCUCAACAGCCUGUCGGCCUGCCGCUCGCCCCUCCGGGGAGCUUCUCGAUGGGCGCCGCUGGCUGGUCACCUCCGGGUUCUUCGCUGCUGGCUGGGGUCGUCUCGACAGGGGACGAUUUUCCGGAGCUGUCUGAGGUUGGCGGCCAGCGCGAUGCUGACCACAGUCUGCUGUACGAACUGCAGCAGAGGGAGGAAAAUGCGAAAAGCAGGUGUUCGAACGGCGAGUUCUACCCGGGGAACAGUGAUCCAUUUGACCACUUGUGGGCUCUACUAGAUGACGCUCCCGCACCUGCAAGCAGCGAAUCUCACGGGACGGGAAGCGGUGGGAAUAGCCGGCUGCUGGACCCGCAUGUGUCGGCGAGGUCGCUCUGCGACUCCAGCGUAGACACUGGGGUGACGGACGUUUUUCAGGCAGGCACCGCGUUAAGUGAGCUUCUCGGAGCGGACAAGCGGGAGACUGCAGAAGGUUUUCGGGACUCUCGAUCAACUGAAUACAGUCAAAGUGGCCCCCACACGCGAGCGAACGUGUCUGUCUCUGGCGGCGAUAGCGCCUUGGAGAGCCCGAGUGUGGGCCUCCUGCCAGACUUUGUCGCGCCCGGUUCCAAGCGGUGCGACAGCGCGGCUUGCAGCUCGCAGGUAGGCACGGGGACUCUGUCGUCUCCCACGAGCCUCUCUUCAUCGACAGACAAUUGCGGACGGAUCGGCUGCGGCUCCUUCGGGCUGCCACCGACCAGCAGCAGCGGCGGAGUCGUCGCUUGCUCGGGCCGGGAGUCGUACUUGCCACAGGCGCGUCUCAUGCGGAGUGUCUCUCCAUCGGACACCGUGCAGGCCGCAGGCUACUCUGUUGUCUCUGGAAACGGGGUGGCUGUCGGAUGCGAAAAUAGCCCCCGCACACAGCAAGGAAGAGAGAGAGAAGAGCGCGUGUCGGGCCUCUGCGCCCCGGUGCUGGUGUCUGGAGGCGUCUGGGAAGACAGUUCGAAGUGCUCGACAGGCACGGCCCUGACAGCGCCCGAGAGUGGCCUCCGAACCCAAGCUUGUUGCAGUCCCAGCAACAGCAACCGAAGCUACACGAGCAAUUACAGCACAAGUCUCGGGACGAGUAGAAAUGGUGGAGGCAGCGAUGUGACCAGUGCAGAGGGCACACAGCAUCCCGUCCGCGGCUGCUUCGACGUGAUGGCCGCAGGCUUUCAGGGCGUGGCGGGCCUCUGGUCUCUGGGAGGACGGACGGGGACCGAAACCUCGUCCGACCCUGCAGUCUCCGCGGACGAACGCAUCGACGAAGCGGAAGCAGGACAUCUGGCAGACUUCCUUCUUAGCACGCCGCUGCUGCCGGUAAACACUUGCAGUUCAGGCGCAGGUGCGACUGUCGGGGAAGCAAGGAAACCUCCGCAAGAGCGGGCAACAGCCUCGACGUGA